AUGGGCGCAGGUGGCGUCUCGCCGCAGUCCCGCGGAGUGGCGUCGUCAUUCACGACAGGCGGCAGCUCCAGGGCGGCUGCCACCACUACGAAAGCGAAUCCACGUCCCCAAGGGGGCGCACCUAGGGCUGCAGGCACUAGCGGCGCCGCAGCGGCAGCUGGAACCAAACCCGGCGCUGCCAUCUCGUACAAGAAGGGCGACACGCUCCGCGUCAUUGCUCGCCUUCUUAAGCCAGGUGAGACGCUGUCACAGGAAGUGGGGCGAGUGGUGGACGGUACGCUGAUCACUGUGCACAGCAUCCCCCCUCCACCGCCGGAGACGAGGAAAGAGGGGACGGUGUUCGGGUGGUUCGUCGAGGACCUGGAGCGGCCAGGCACGUGGGAGCCGUACGCAAAGGAGUCGGCAGACCGUCUGGAGGACGCCUUCCUGAACAUGCGCGGCACGUGCACUGUCGUCAUGAAGAAGCGCAGCUACACCGUGAACCUUCAUACAAUGCAGCAGCUGCCGGCGGCGUCGGCUGCAGCCGCCAGCACGUACCCCGCACUGCAGCAGCAGCGCACCCGGGAGGUGAAGCGGGUGCCGGUAGUCACCUACACUGACCCCAACACCGGUGAGGUGAAGGUGCUAGAGGCGCUGCUGAAAAUGGCGGAUCCUUUCAUGGAUGAAGAGGAGGACAACCACAAUGGACAGCCGCAGCAGAUCGCCGAGGGUGCUGGCGACGUCAUCGGUGCUGAUGCUGAUGGUGCUGCCGUAGCCGCAGAAACCGAAGCUGGCGAUCUGCCGCAUCUCAUUCGGACAGUUAUGCCGCACAGAUCGCCCAUCUACACGAUGGAGUGCACUCCGGACGUGCAGCAACUUUGCCCGGAAGCACGGGCCGUCGUCGAGCCUGCUGGGGGUGCGCUGGUGCUCUCUAGCGGUCGUGACCUGCAGCUGCUGGAGUGGAGCAUUGAAACCAGCACCGUCAUCACGCGCUACGAGGUGCCGGGAACCACGUCCAAGAACUCGGUGUUGACGGCGAACUACUCUCGCACAGCCAAGUGGAUGGUGGCUGGGCUGGACGACUGCACCGCGCGCCUGUACGCCAUCGGCAAUCCGAGCGAGGUCUAUCGCCUGGAGGGGCAUACGCACAAGGUGUACGGCGCUGGCGUGCUGGUCGGCGACGUGCAGGCUGCGACGGCGAGCAUGGACUGCCAUGUGAAGGUGUGGGACAUCGCGACGGGGGUCUGCGUGCGCAACACGGUGCCCCACAAGUCCCACAUCUUUGCUCUUAGGCCUCACCCAACGGACCCCAACGUUGCCCUGACCGCUGGCGAGGACUGCAAAGUCUGCUUGCACGACUUCCGCAUGGGAAACUCCGUCGCGGCGGUGUUCACGGGGCCCGAUCGCACCAUCUGGGACGUGGACUGGAAUCCUGCUAACACAACCUUCGCGGCGUGCGGCAUGGACUGCACCACACGCAUCUUUGACCCGCGCGUCAGCACCGCGGCCGUUAAGAUACUGCGCAGCCACAGCCGCCCGGUGCACAGCAUCAAGUACACGCCGCAGGGGCGAGGGGUGCUGUCCUGCAGCAAGGACUCCUUUGUGAGCCUGGCGGACACCACCAACUGGAGCGUGCAGUGGCAGGCCAAGGCGCACAUAACCACUGUGUUUCGUGUACGCUAUCACGUUGGCAAGUCUGUCAUAGUGACGGCUGGGUCGGACUCCAGCGUGAAUGUGUGGAGCUGGGUGGCGCUGGCCCAGCUCUGA